AUGGUGAUAAAGUUAGGAUCUUUACUUGCUCGUCAAGUAAAUCAUUACAGAUAUACUUCUAAAUCAAUACCUAAUUCAUUCAGAAGAUUAUUGGCUACUAAUGCUGAACCAACUUAUGCUGGUGCUGAACUCUUAAAGAAAUUCACUGAUGAACAUGCUCAUAAGUUAGUUGAUGUUUCUAAAGUGUUGGUGAUUGGAUCUGGUGGUCUUUCUAUCGGUCAAGCUGGUGAAUUCGAUUAUUCUGGUUCUCAAGCUAUUAAAGCUUUAAAAGAAGCUAAUAAGAAAUCAAUCUUAAUUAAUCCAAAUAUCGCUACUAAUCAAACUUCUCAUGCUUUAGCUGAUGAAAUUUAUUAUUUACCAGUUACUGCUGAAUAUAUCACUUAUAUUAUUGAAAGAGAAAAACCAGAUGGUAUAUUAUUAACUUUCGGUGGUCAAACUGGGUUAAACGUUGGGGUUAAAUUAGAUAAAAUGGGUGUGUUUGAUAGAUAUGGGGUUAAAGUUUUAGGUACUCCAAUCAAAACUUUAGAAACUUCUGAAGAUCGUGAUUUAUUCGCUCAAGCUUUAAAAGAAAUUAAUAUCCCAAUUGCCGAAUCUAUCGCUGUUGAUACUGUUGAUGAUGCUUUGGCUGCUGCUGAAAAAGUCGGUUAUCCAAUCAUUGUUAGAUCUGCUUAUUCCUUAGGUGGGUUAGGUUCAGGCUUUGCUGCUAAUGAAGAAGAAUUAAAAAAUUUAUCUUCUCAAUCUUUAUCUUUAGCUCCUCAAAUUUUAGUGGAAAAAUCAUUAAAAGGUUGGAAAGAAGUUGAAUAUGAAGUUGUUCGUGAUAGAGUUGACAACUGUAUUACCGUCUGUAAUAUGGAAAAUUUCGAUCCAUUAGGUAUUCAUACUGGUGAUUCUAUUGUCGUUGCUCCUUCUCAAACUUUAUCUGAUGAAGAAUACCACAUGUUAAGAUCAGCUGCUAUUAAGAUUAUCAGACAUUUAGGUGUUGUCGGUGAAUGUAAUGUUCAAUAUGCUUUACAACCUGAUGGUUUAGAUUAUAGAGUUAUUGAAGUUAAUGCUCGUUUAUCUAGAUCAUCAGCUUUAGCUUCUAAAGCUACUGGUUAUCCAUUAGCUUAUACUGCUGCUAAAAUCGCCUUAGGUCAUACUUUACCAGAAUUACCAAAUCCAGUUACCAAGACUACCUCUGCUAAUUUCGAACCUUCUUUAGAUUAUAUGGUUACUAAGAUUCCAAGAUGGGAUUUAGCUAAAUUCCAACAUGUUAAAAGAGAUAUUGGAUCAGCUAUGAAAUCCGUUGGUGAAGUUAUGGCUAUCGGUAGAACCUUUGAAGAAUCUUUCCAAAAAGCUAUCAGACAAAUCGAUCCAUCAUACGUUGGAUUCCAAGGUGAUCAUUUUGAAGAUUUAGAUUUCGAAUUAGCCAAUCCAACUGAUAGAAGAUGGUUAGCUGUUGGUCAAGCUUUAUUACAUGAAAAUUAUACCGUUGAUCAAGUUCAUGAUUUAACUAAGAUUGAUAAAUGGUUCUUACAUAAAUUAAUGAAUAUCGUUAAUAUGUAUCGUGAAUUAGAAAGUGUUGGUUCUUUAUCAAACAUCAAUAGUGAUUUAAUGAGAAGAGCUAAGAAAUUAGGGUUCUCAGAUAAACAAAUUGGUCUUACCAUUGGUUCUAAAGAAUUAGAAGUUAGACAAGUUAGAAAAGAUUUCGGUAUUAUCCCAUUCGUUAAAAAGAUUGAUACUUUAGCUGCUGAAUUCCCUGCCAAUACCAACUAUCUUUAUACUACUUACAAUGCCACUUCAUCUGAUUUAGAAUUUAAUGAAAACGGUACUUUAGUCUUAGGUUCCGGUGUUUACCGUAUUGGUUCUUCUGUUGAAUUCGAUUGGUGUGCUGUCUCUACCGCUAGAGCUUUAAGAGAAGCUGGUCGUAAAACUAUUAUGAUCAAUUAUAACCCAGAAACUGUCUCAACUGAUUUCGAUGAAGUUGAUAGAUUAUAUUUCGAAGAAUUAUCUUUAGAAAGAGUAUUAGAUAUUUAUGAAUUAGAAUCAGCUCAAGGUGUUGUUGUUAGUGUUGGUGGUCAAUUACCUCAAAAUAUCGCUUUGGAUUUACAAAAUCAAGGUUGUGAUGUCUUAGGUACUAAUCCAGAAGAUAUUGAUAAAGCUGAAGAUCGUCAUAAAUUCUCUCAAAUCUUAGAUUCCAUUAAUGUUGAUCAACCACAAUGGAAAGAAUUAACUUCUAUUGCUGAAGCUGAAAUCUUUGCCAAUGAAGUUGGUUACCCAGUUUUAGUUCGUCCAUCUUAUGUUUUAUCGGGUGCCGCUAUGUCUGUCAUUAACUCCAAAGAUGAAUUAGAUUCAAAAUUAUCCAACGCUGCUAAAGUUUCUCAAGAACAUCCAGUUGUUAUUUCUAAAUUCAUCCAAGGUGCUCAAGAAAUCGAUAUUGAUGCCGUUGCUUCUCAAGGUCAAGUCUUAGUCCAUGCUGUUUCUGAACAUGUUGAAAAUGCUGGUGUCCAUUCUGGUGAUGCUACUUUAGUCUUACCACCUCAAGCUUUAUCUCCAAUCAUCAUGGAAAGAUUAAAGACUAUUGCUGAUAAAGUUGCUGAAGCUUGGAAAAUUACUGGUCCAUUCAAUAUGCAAAUCAUUAAAAAUGAUCAAAAUGGUACUCUUGAUGAUACUAAUUGUGAAUUAAAAGUUAUUGAAUGUAAUAUCAGAGCUUCAAGAUCUUUCCCAUUUGUUUCCAAAGUAUUAGGUAUUAAUUUCAUUGAUGUUGCUGUUAAGGCUCUUAUCAAAGAAAACGUCCCAGCUCCAGUCAAUUUAAUGAAUAAUAAAUUCGAUAGAGUUGCUACUAAAGUUCCCCAAUUCUCAUUCACAAGAUUAGCUGGUGCUGAUCCAUUCUUAGGUGUUGAAAUGGCCUCUACUGGUGAAGUUGCUUGUUUCGGUAAAGAUUUAGUUGAAGCUUAUUGGACUUCAAUUCAAUCAACUAUGAAUUUCAAUGUUCCAAGACCAGGUCAAGGUUUAUUAUUUGGUGGUGAUUUAACUAAUGAUAAAUUAGGUAAUGUCGCUAAGACUCUUUCUGGUUUAGGUUAUAAUUUCUAUACUGCUAAUGAAGCUGCUUCAGCUUAUUUGGCUACCUUCAUUUCUGAACCAGUUGAAGUUAUUGAGUUCCCAAAGACCGAUAAACGUGCUUUAAGAGAAAUCUUCCAAGAUAAAGACGUUGGUGCUGUGAUUAAUUUAGCCAGAGCUAGAGCUGAAAGUUUAUUAGAUGAAGAUUAUGUCAUGAGAAGAAAUGCUAUUGAUUUCGCUAUUCCUUUAUUCAAUGAACCAAAUACUUCAUUACUUUUCGCUCAAUGUUUGAAAGAAAACAUUGGUACUAAAGUUUUCUUUGAUGUUGUUCCUGAAACUGUUGUCAUUCCAAAGGAAGUUAAGAGAUGGAGUGAGUUCAUUGGUGGUAAGCCAGUUUAA